ACAACAGUUUAUUCUUUUUUUUUCUGGUUUUUUUUUAUUCUUUAACAAAUGGGGUUUAAUACGAUAUUGAAGUCAACAAGUGAAAAAGCAGAAAGUGUGCUUGGUAGAAUUGGGACUCCUAUCAAACCACAUUUACCGGCUCUAGGUCGUUUCUUGGUUAUAGCCACUUUUUAUGAGGAUGCUUUACGUAUAUUCUGGCAAUGGCAUGAUCAAAUAUUCUAUCUUGAGAAAGCAAGGUUCUUUCCUCCUUAUACAGCUCCUCUCUUUUUGGGAUUCAAUGCAACAUCUAUGAUUGUGUUUUCGACAUGCAUUCUAUUAAAACGACAUGUGGGAGUUGCUGUUGCUAUUUUAUGCAGUGUAGUCUUGGAUCAAGCAAUUGCUUAUGGCCUAUUUUUUGAUGUGAUGUUUCUUUUGCGCAACCUAUCAGUGACAGGUGGUUUAUUGCUUUGCAUGUCAGAAUCUAUUUUACGCAAAAAAUCCAAAAACAGAUCAAAUAUGUUUGCCUCGCUACCUCAACUUACAGUCAGUGAACGACACAAAUACUUUCAAUUAGCAGGUAGAGUUCUCUUGGUCCUUUUGUUCUUGGGCUUCAUCUUCAACGGUGAGUGGAACUAUUUGAGGUUAGUUGUAUCUUGCAUUGGUGUGGUUGCUUGUGGUAUGGUCAUUAUUGGCUUUAGAGCGAAGUGGUCAGCCACUUUCCUUGUUUCCUUGCUCUGUACUGUUAAUCUGUUAGUCAAUAAUUGGUGGUCAGUACAAUAUUCAGAAUACAAACGUGAUUUCCUACGAUAUGAUUUCUUCCAAUGCCUAAGUAUCGUUGGUGGUUUAUUAUUACUGGUUUCUAUUGGGCCUGGUGGACUUAGUUAUGACGAAAGAAAGAAAGAAUUCUAGCAUAACAUACCAAUUACACAAAUAAAACAACGACCUUCAUUAGCUUAUUACAUCAUGCUGUGU